AUGUCAGGCGUGGUCGCAGCUUCACCGUCGCCGAGAUCCGCUUCAGACUUCUUCUCAGAUCCUUGCGACUCCCAUCCUCUAUGGUUCAAGCCUUCCCUCUUCCUUUCCCCUGGCUUCGACUCCGAGGCCUACAUCUCUGAGCUCCGUACAUUCGUUCCCUUUGACACUCUCCGAUCCGAGCUCCGGUCACACCUUUCAUCCCUGAACCGCGAACUUGUCGACCUCAUCAAUCGAGAUUACGCAGAUUUCGUGAAUUUGAGCACGAAGCUCGUGGAUAUCGAUGCGGCAGUAGUCCGCACGCGUGCGCCGCUCCCUGAGCUCCGCGAGAAGAUCACUAGGUUUCGUGGAUCCGUGGAGGCCGCACUUUUCGCGCUAAGGAGUGGAUUGCACCAACGUUCCGAUUCUGCUGCUUCCAGGGAGGUUAUGGAAUUGUUGCUCGACACUUUUCAUGUGGUGUCCAAGGUUGAAAAACUUAUAGAAGCUCUACCAAGUACUCCUGAUGAUUGGCCAAACGAGGAUGAUAAUUCCAUGGGAAGGAUUUCUAUGAAUGAUGAAAAUUCCAAGCAGCAAGAUGGCACAACCAUGAGAGAAGCCAAGAGCAUGCUUUUGGAAAGAAUCGCUAGUGAAAUGAAUCGGCUCAAUUUCUAUAUGGCUCAUGCACAGAAUUUGCCUUUCAUUGAGAACAUUGAGAAGAGGAUUCAGAGCGCUAGCGUGUUAUUGGAUGCAAGCCUGGGUCAUUGCUUCAUCGAUGGGCUAGACAACAGCGACGCAAGCGUCCUUUACAAUUGCUUACGUGCAUAUGCUGCCAUUGAUAACAGCAAGAAUGCAGAGGAAAUUUUUCGUACAACGAUUGUGGCUCCAUUUACACAUAGAAUUAUUGGGCAUGAAACGUCAGCGGAUGCUGCUGGAACAUCAGGAGAUGAACUUGAAAACGAUUACAAACAGAUCAAGCAUUUUAUUGCCAAGGAUUGUAAAAUGCUGCUAUUGAUAUCUUCGACGGACAAAUCGGGUUUGCAUGUCUUCAACUUCUUGGCAAAUUCAAUCCUGAAAGAAGUUCUUUUCGCAAUCCAGAAAGUCAAACCAGGAGAAUUUUCUCCUGGAAGACCUGCCCAAUUCUUGAAGAAUUACAAGGCAAGCUUGGAUUUCUUGGCAUAUCUUGAAGGUUAUUGUCCGUCAAGGUCUGCUGUAACCAAGUUUCGAGCUGAAGCGGUAUAUAUCGAAUUCAUGAAGCAAUGGAAUGUGGGAGUGUACUUUUCACUGAGGUUUCAGGAGAUAGCUGGAGGCUUGGAUUCUGCUCUUACUUCUGCUUCUCUGGUUUUCAUUCACGACUCGGACUCAUAUCAAAGGAGUUCGCCCAACUUAAUGCUCAGACAGAGUGUUACUCUUUUGGAGAGCUUGCGAUCAUGUUGGAAAGAAGAUGUUCUCGUUUUCUCUGCUGCUGAUAAAUUUCUUCGCUUCACCUUGCAGCUUCUUUUGAGAUAUUGCAAUUGGGUGUCAUCUGCGGUGAAUACUAGAAAGAGUAAUGCCAGCCCGAGUCCUGGCUGUGAAUGGGCAGUUUCAGCCACUGCAGAAGAUUUUGUAUAUGUUAUACAUGAUGUAAAUACUCUGAUCUCAGAAGUUCGUGGCGAUUACGUUGGACAUAUAUCACAAUAUUUAUCUUCAUGCUCCUCUGAAAUUCUGGAUUUGGUGAGGAAGAGCAUCUUACAGGGUGGAGAAUCAUUAGAGAACCUCCUACCUUUACUUACCAAGACAAUAAUUGAAGUCAUUGUUGAUGAAUCUGUUGAGGGCCUAAGGCAGCUCAAGGGAAUAACCACAACAGUUAUGAUGACUAAUAAACCACUGCCUGUUAGGCACUCAUCAUACGUCGUUGGACUUUUGCGUCCUGUAAAGGCCAUUUUGGAGGGAGAUAAGGCUAGACAUUACUUGACCCAGGAAACAAGGGAGGAGUUAUUGCUUGGCACUGUCACUGAAAUUACAAGGCGGUAUUAUGAAUUAGCUGCUGAGGCAAGAAAUACAGAGACGUUGCUUCAGAAAUUUCGACAAAGUGCACAGAGACGAGCAGGUGCAGCAUCAGGUGUAUCUGAAACAGAUAAGAUGUGUAUGCAGUUGUUCAUUGAUAUUCAGGAGUAUGGCCGAAACAUAUCUGCGUUGGGGUUGAAACCGGCAGAUAUCACGCCUUACUGUUCCCUCUGGCAAUGCGUAGCACCUGCGGAUAGGCAAAACUCUAUUAGCUUCUGA